AUGUCCAUUCCGUUGAGUCUCAGACUCAAAUUCCCACCACCCUCUCUCCCCUCCCCUCUAAGACACCUCUCAUCUUCCACUCCCACCAAACCAACCCCUCCACAACACUUCAUUCUCAUUUUCUCCAAUGCCAGACAACACCAAAACCCCGCCAACUGCGAACUCGCACUGGUUUCCGCUCUCAAAUCAUGUUCCUCCCUCUCCCUCCCCUCCCAAGGCCGCCAAAUCCAUUCCCUCGCCUUCAAACUCGGACUCCACUCCAAUACCUUCAUUCACAACAGCUUGAUCAACAUGUAUACAAAAUGCGGUUCCAUGAGGGAUGCUCAAAUUCUGUUUGAUGGUUUUCAUAUGCUGGAUUCUGUUUCUUGUAAUAUUAUGGUUUCUGGGUAUGUUAGAGCUCGUCAAUUGGAGAAUGCCCGGAAACUGUUUGAUGUAAUGCCUGAUAAAGGUUGUGUUUCUUAUACUACUAUGAUAAUGGGUUUUGUUCAAAAUGGAUUUUUUAGUGAAGCUCUUGAGGUUUUUAAGGAUAUGAGGGCUCAUGGCGUUGUCCCGAAUGAUUUGACUUUGGUUAAAGUCAUAUCUGCUUGCUCGCACUUAGGUGAUAUUUUGAAGUGUCAGAUGAUUCAUGGUUUGGUUGUUAAAUUGUUUGUUGAGGGGUUGGUUAUUGUUUCUACGAAUUUGGUUCACGCGUAUUGUCUUUGUUUGGGUGUAACAGAAGCGAGAAGGUUGUUUGAUGAAAUGCCCGAGAGGAAUUUGGUUACGUGGAAUGUGAUGUUGAAUGGGUAUGCAAAGACAGGUUUUGUUGACGAGGCUAGGGAGUUGUUUGAGGGGAUUUGUGAUAAAGAUGUGAUUUCAUGGGGAACGAUGAUUGAUGGAUAUAUCCAAAAGGGUUGUUUGUUUGAAGCUUUGGAGGUUUAUCGUGCAAUGUUGCGAAUUGGACAUGGACCUAACGAUGUCAUGCUUGUGAAUUUGGUUUCAGCGUGUGGUCGUAGGAUUGGGAUUGUUGUUGGUUGGCAGUUGCAUGGAACAGUUGUUAAGAGAGGUUUUGAUUGUUACAAUUUUAUACAGACUACAAUCAUUCAUUUUUAUGCAGCCUGUGGGAUGAUGGACCUUGCAUGUUUGCAAUUUGAGGUUGGUGUAAAGGAUCAUUUAGAAUCAUGGAAUGCUCUCAUUGCUGGAUUCGUAAAGAAAGGAAUGAUUGACGAAGCUAGGAACAUGUUUGAUGAAAUGCCUGCAAGAGAUGUUUUUUCAUGGAGUACCAUGAUUUCGGGCUAUGCACAAACCGAGCAGCCCAAAAUGGCUAUUGAACUCUUCCAUAAAAUGGUAGCUAGUGGGAUCAAACCAAACGAAGUUACCAUGGUGAGUGUAUUCUCUGCAAUUGCCACAUUAGGUACAUUGCAAGAAGGAAGAUUGACCCAUGAAUACUUGCGCAACGAAUCCGUUCCUUUCAAUGACAACUUACGUGCUGCUAUGAUAGAUAUGUAUGCAAAAUGUGGGAGCAUCAACACUGCUCUUCAAUUUUUUAAUCAGAUUCGAGAUGAAGUCUUUACUGUGUCACCGUGGAAUGCAAUUAUAUGUGGGUUAGCCUCACAUGGACAUGCAAGUAUGUGCCUAGAGGUUUUUUCUGAUAUGCAGAGGUGUCAUAUUAAACCGAAUCCAAUUACAUUUAUCGGUGUACUAAGUGCUUGUUGUCAUGCCGGUUUGGUGGAUCCUGGACGGAGAAUAUUCAAAACCAUGAAGAGUGCAUAUAAUGUUGAACCAGAUAUCAAACAUUAUGGUUGUAUGAUUGAUCUUUUGGGUAGAGCAGGGCUAUUAGAAGAUGCCGAGGAAAUGAUAAGGAACAUGCCAAUGGAGGCUGACAUUGUGAUUUGGGGAACUUUAUUAGCGGCAUGUAGAACUCAUGGAAAUGUCAACAUAGGAGAGAGGGCUGCAGAGAAUUUGGCAAGGUUGGCACCAUCUCAUGGCGGAGGAAAAAUUCUCCUAUCGAACAUAUAUGCAAACGCGGGCAGGUGGGAGGAUGUAUCAGUAGUAAGAAGUAUCAUGCAGAGUGAGACAAUGGAGAGAGAGCCUGGCUGCAGUGGCGUUGUCAGGUAG